AAAAUUUUGACAGGAGGUGCGGUGUCGUCUGUUUGUUAUUAUUGACAGAAUUCUCAUUGCAGAUAAAAUUAAAGUUAACCAGUCACAUGAUAUUUACUUAAUAGAUUGUAAUAAAUUUACGCAUUCAAUCCAUUAAACCAUUUUGUAAUUUGACAUAAUGUAAUGUGCAUAUAGCCUCGCUUACAGUCGUCUAGUUAUAUUUGCAACGUGAUUUGUAAAUUUCAAAUAUGACAGAAAUAAGUUUGGAAGCACAAGAGUUACUGUUACAUAGUUCUAGAAAUGGUGAUAUUGUUACAUUAGAGAGUCUUUUACGUAGUCAAUCUGAAGGAAGAAUCAAACUUGAUGUCAACUGCAAAGGUAAAACAAAAAGUAAUAUGGGGUGGACGCCUCUCCAUCUUGCUUCCUAUUUUGGACAUAAAAAUGUUGUUCAAAGACUGCUGGAUGCCGGAGCUGACAUAGAUGCAGUAAAUGAUGCUGGUGAUACGCCACUACAUAAAGCAGCUUUUAUUGGAAGAGAGGACCUAGUGCUGUUGCUGUUGGAGAAGAAUGCGGACGUGAACGUUCGCAACGGCGAAGGGCGCACUGCGCGGGAGGUGUGCCGAGACGGGGUGGACGCAGGCAAACUGCUGUGGGCGGCCGAACGCACUGACAUGAGGAGGCGGGAGGAGAAGCUGUUGGCCGCGGCGCGCGAUGGACACCUUGACGUUCUCAGGAAUCUGCUAAAAGAUGAACGCGCUCCCAGCAUAAAUUGCGUUGAUAAUCAAGGAAACUCUUGCCUUCAUUGUGCUGCCUACCGAGGUCACAAGGAAGCAGCUAUCUUACUCCUACAAAAUGGUAUCGACACUACAAUUAAAAACUUCAGAGGGCAAACCGCACAACAAUUGGCUCGAGAUUCGCAAAUGGAGCAGGUGUUGGCCGUGCAGCCUGUGCGACAUCUGCAGAAGACCGCCACCAGAUUCGAAGGCCAACUCCUCAAGAGGUCGCGGUUCCUAGGAUGGAAACCAGUUUGGACGGUUUUAGAACGAGGAGUGCUGACCUAUUUCAACAGUAGAGCGGACGCAACGUCCGGCGUGAAGAGAAAGGAUUUCAAGUACUUGGACGGUGCACGAAGCGUCCCCGCCGAAGUGGCUCCUUCUGCCUUUAACAUACUCUUCAACGAUGGCACUGUGCACAGGCUGAGUGUUCCUAUCGAGGCUGAAGAUAUUACCGGAGAAGUCAACAGACAGAAAUGGAUUGCUGCCUUGAACGAGCAUUCUGCCUUCAGUUCGUAUUACGUUAAUCAAGGAAAGUAUGACGACAGUGAUGAUGAAGAAGAACUCAAACCUCUUGGCUCAAUGCAGGAUUCCCUACAAACUGCAUCAGCAAGAUAUCAAUUGCUAGAAACAAAACUGAACGAGAUAACUACGUCAUCAGAUCUACAGUUCGUAAACUCAGACCUUCCACUUCAUGUGAUCAAGAAAUUUGAUGAGCUACAGGACACUGCCAACAAUAUGCUGUCCGCCCUCAGCCAUUGCUAUACACUUAUUCAGCAACAGGAAGAUGUAAGAAUACUCCAGCUGAAACAGGAACAAGAGAAAUGUCGCGUUCUUGAAGAGGCGCUCAGUGUUCUCGCCAAAGAGCACCAUGACCUUGAACAGUCAAUGGCAUCCCAUCUAUCCAAUUCACCGCAAAUGUCAAGGCACAACAGCUCUGUCAGCUUGUACUUGCAGAGCCCUCGCUUCUAUGAUAUGACUGAUGAAGAGUUCUAUGAUGCAUUUGAAGCAGGAAGCAUAUCGGGAACGGAGAACCUGGUGACGGCAGCCUGUACACCGGACUCAGACUCUGACACCCUGGUGGGAGUGCCGGUGCUCUCCCCCGCCUCCUCCUGCGCAACCCUCGUUUCCAUGCACUCCUUCCGAUCAGCCCUCGAGUGCAACUACCACAGCUCCCAUCAGGGCCACGCACACACCUCCAGACAAUGCCUGCCGGCGCCAAUGUUCAGCCGCAACGACUUCAGCCUGUGGUCGGUUCUGAAGAACAGCAUCGGUAAGGAGUUGGACAAGAUCGUGAUGCCGGUCGUCUUCAACGAACCACUCAGCUUCCUGCAGCGCCUCGUCGAACACCUCGAGUAUGCGCAGUUGGUGCGCGCUGCUUCCCAGCACACCGAUCCUGUUCUACGGAUGCAGUAUGUAGCUGCAUUUGCUGUAAGUGCUCUCGCUUCCAGUUUGGAAAGAUUAGGGAAGCCAUUCAACCCUUUAUUGGGAGAAACCUAUGAGUUGGAACGGGACGAAUUCAGGGUAGUAUGUGAACAAGUAAGCCAUCACCCUCCAAUAUCUGCCUUCCAUGCUGAUAGUGAGCAAUUCAUCUUCCAUGGAUCAGUUCAUCCUAAACUGAAAUUUUGGGGCAAAAGUGUAGAGAUUCAACCGAAAGGAGUUAUAACUCUUGAACUCCCAAAAUGGGGAGAAGCGUACACGUGGAGCGGUGUCAACUGUUGUGUUCAUAAUAUUAUUGUCGGAAAAUUAUGGAUAGAGCAGUAUGGAACAAUGGAAAUUGUGAAUCACAGUACAGGUCAUAAAGCAAUUCUGACUUUCAAACCUGCAGGAUGGUUCUCAAAAGAUUUACAUCGAGUAGAAGGUUUCAUAAUGGACAAACACAAAAAAAAGCUCAACUUUCUUUACGGUAAAUGGACUGACUUUAUUCGAUGUACAGAUAUUAACUCAUACGAUGAAUAUGUGAAAGAAAAUGCUGACAAGUUUAGGUCAGACGGAAAAUCUCAUCCACCAAACAUGUCAGAAAGUCCUGUCCAUACACCCAAAAAGGUUUUAGCCAAGUUGAACAGUUUGAAAAUGGGUGCUUUCAAAUCUAUGUCGAUUUCAGAACCUGAUGAGACAGGAGAAGACGGUGCUGAAGGAGGAGACAUACCGAAAAGUGAUUCAGUCUAUUCCAUUGACAUUCCACAUUCAGUUACACUCUGGGAAGCUGAACCAAGACCUCCAAAUACGUCUGAUUUCUACCAUUUCACGCUGUUUGCUAUGUCGCUGAAUGAAUUGGAAGAUGGAAUGGAAAAAAGGUUAUGCCCAACAGAUUGCAGGUUGAGGCCAGAUAUAAGAAAACUAGAAUCUGGAGAUUUAGACGGAGCUGCAGCUGAGAAACUGAGGCUAGAAGAAAAACAAAGAGAUACUCGGAAACUAAGAAAAAACAAAAAGAUCGAGGAAUGGACACCUGUGUGGUUCUGCCAAGGAGCAAACCCGUACACUGGACAGCAAGAUUGGCUGUAUAGAGGUGGCUAUUGGGACAGGAAUUUCGGACCAGACCCUCGCAUUUUCUAAUGAAGGCACUCUACAGUUUUCUCCAUCAAGCUUCUGCCCACUGUGUUUCUCACUUACCAUUAUUUCAUAAUCGCAGAAUAUCUUUCUAGUUGAUUUCGAGAGAGAGUUCUAUAUUUUAAUAUAAAGUCAUCAUUAUGUUUUGACCAUUUUUAUUGUCGUCUGUGAUCGAUUUGCAGUUCUAUUACAGUAUCUCAUGUUUGUGACUUUAACAAGGUAAAAGUAAUGCUGUUAUAUACCUCCUGUAUAUAUAGAAAAUGUAGAUUUCUAAUGUAAACAAUCGAUGUGCAGUUGUAAAUUAUUCGCCAAAUAGUAGCCUUGUUCAUUGUUAGAGAGUACAGUUGACAAAAUAGUUGAUUGUGACAAUACAUCAUUAUAAUAGGUUGUUAAGGAAAACGUGUUGAGAGUACUCAUUAGGUUAAAUGUGUUGUAAAUUAACAAAGUUGAAUUUUAUUUAUUGAACAAAUUAUAGAUGACUCAAUCAAUCAAAUAUGGCUUGAGCCAAGUGCAUAACAGCAGCAUUCUUGAAAUAGAAGCUUAGAAUCUCUAGGAUUUGUAGAUUGUAGAAAUGUAAUUAACAUUUCCGUCUAAAAUGUUACCUUGAAGGAUUAUCUAUUUAAUUCUUUUCGUCUCAUUCCAUCUUCAUAUUAUUUGACAUGAUAAUUCUCAUUCCAUUUGUUUAUUUUAAAAUGACUUUACUUCGUCGUAAAUAGUCGUGUUACCAUUUUUAUAUUGUUACCAGAUUUAUUUGAAAUUUUGAUAUUUUUUUCAAAUGUUAUCUAUUCACUCCCAUUUUUCUUUAUUGAGAAAAUGGUUUUAAUAUAAAAAGACCAGCUUUGGGUGAAUCACACCUAGUUUUUAUUGUUUUUGUUUUAAAUAUAGUUUUAAAUUGGUCUACCCAUAGAAAACGUGUAUAGUUUUUGUUACCUAUAUUUAUAAUGAAUAUCCAUUUUAAUAAAUAAGUGGGGAAACUAACAUUUUUGGUUAGGUUUUAUAAUGAUUGCUUUUCAAUUAUUGAGUGGAGAACAUUAAUUUUUGUUGAAUAUUGAUUUCUUUGGCAAUGACAUUUCCUAUCGGAAAACAAAUUUACAAAAAAAUUAUGAUUGUAUUGAUCGAAUAUGAUGAAUGUUUUGAACAACCAGAUUCCUCCAGUAAUAGCAUGACAUUUCAUUUUUUAAACUAAUGAAAAGAGGAAAAUUUAAUUGGAUGUUUAAUGAAGCAGUCAAACUCAUAAAAAGAUAAUUUAUCAAAUUGAAAUAAAAAAUACACGAAGUACAAAUAAAAUUAUAUAAAUUUGAAACAAUCAGUUCAUUUAUAAAGAAUUUACGCGCCUCUUAUUAAAAAUCUUACUGUCACUAAUUUUAUACUGCUUUUGUAAAAUAAACAAAGAAGUCUUUUUCAAAUAUUCUUGUGCAAUAUAUUUAUUUUGGUGAUCGUUAAUGAUCACUGAUCACUGAAUAUUAUCAAUUUGGAGAACGCUAUAACUCAUACCAGUACCUAUAUUGACAUUAAGAACUUUUUUUACCAUAUCAGUCAUCCUGAAAACUUUUCAAUCAAAUGUAAUAAUGGAACUGAAAUGCUAAUUUACUAGUCAAUCUUCUCAAAUUAGUGCUCAAUGUAUCCAUACUAUAUUAUGAUAUAGUAUUAUAAUUUACUAGUCAAAAUAAUAUUUAUAGAAUACUGUGUAUAGAAUAUACAAUUUAUUUGCUUCAAUGCCAGAUCUAAUGCAAUCAAUGAUGAAAAUCACUCAAUUACAAACAAUCGCACUAAUUUCUAUUCAUUUAUUUAUUGGAUAGAGCAAACAAUAUAAUAGUCGGAAAAUGUGCAUUCUAACUUGAUCAUAGUUGCGGAUUCAUUUUCUAUAAUAAUUGGUUUAAUAUUUCUCCUUCAUGUAUAAUUGUGAUUCAUGAAAUUUUGAAAUUCUGUGUUCAUCAAUGGAAUGUUUCUGAUGGCGAAAUUGCUACUUUAAAGAUGCCAUUCAAUCAUUGGUAUCUUUCAACUAAAUCAUAAUAAUAUAUAUAGUGUAAAUUUUUAUAUCUCUCAACAAAUUCAGCACUAUAACUGCUAUAGUUUAGGCUAUGAAUCAAGUGAGCUUCUUUUGAGAGAAGAAAAAAUUGUUUACUCAAAGUGGCACCAUUUAAUAAUGCUCACAAAAAUAAACACCUUCACUGUCUUUAGUUAUUGAAAAGAUUUUUAAUUUCUUGCUCACUUAUGGGAAUUCAAAACUUGCUUUACUGUUCUUAUUUCUCUUCGGUUUUGACUUUCAGUAACUAUUUCAAAGAAAAAAUGCAAUUUUGUUCUCAGUUUUUGAAAAUUAAUUUCGGAAAAUGAAUUAUGACUGUUCUUAACCUCUUAAAAUAUUUUGUAAACUGAGAUUCUUCAUGAACUGGCUUUAAAUACAGUAAUAAUUAUUAUAUUUUACCCAUGUAUAUGGAAAUAAAUAGUUAUAAUUUGUUUA